UCGACUGCGGCCGCAGCAGUCAGAUUAUAAUCGAUGGUUACUGCUUUAUCUCCUCUGAUUGAUGAAAUCUGGCCUCUCAAUAUGGCAAAAUCAUCUGGUGUUGAAGAACGAUCGUUGGCUGUUCAGAGGAUUUCAGAAGACAAUGUCGUCUCAGCAAUCGACUUCAUCCAACCUGAAACCGGACAAAGCAUCAAGACAGAUGGAUAAGAAAUUUGUGAAGAAUCAGGAUUCCAAGAAAGUACCUGUGGGUCCUAAAGGCCAGCCAUCAAAAAGGAACAACAGAAAAGGGGAAAACCUGCAUGUUCAUUUUUGCCACAAAUCACAGAGACAUGUUCUGGUUCUAGACUCCCAACUAAAUCGAUCUGCAGGAACGCUGCAUGUAAAGCGGUGGUUUAUGCUGUUGACGGUGGAGUCGCUGUUUAAUUUGCACCUGUUGUAGCAGAUGAAGUUUUUGCCACAAUAUCUAGUGGAACCGUGAUUGGUAAACGUGUCAAGAGUCUCCUACCUUGCUGUACAGUUCUUGGAGGAGUCUCCUAAGCAGAAACGCACAACUGAUCACAACUGUUGUUACCACGAUUUUUCUAAGCUUUAGUUGAUUAACAAACACAUAAAUGAAUCUGCAAGAUUAUAAAUAAAUGUUGUAGUUAUCUUAAA